AUGCCCGAGUUUAUCGAGCGCCUAAUGGACUCUCGCAAGGCCUUGAAUCUGCCCUUCCCGGGAACAGUUGAGCACAUCUCUAGAGAAGUCCAAAUGGAUGUCCAACUCACCCGGCAAAUGUUCACAGGCAUCAAGGCGGACAUCACCAAGAUCGGUGGUAUCUCCCCUGCAGUCUUCCACAUGACGCAUUCCUUCUCAAGCGGGUCUCAGAUGCUCCCGCCAUACUCCCUAGGCGCGGCGUUCGCCACCAACCGCAUCUUCAUGAAUGGUAAUGUGGACAAUGACGGAUCCGUCUCUGGACGCUUUCACUACGGUUGGUCACCGGAGAAUGCACGGCACACGACCAAGAUUCAGACUCAGACAACAGCAGAACCCGGCCAGAGCAUGCUGCAGGUGGAGCAUGACUGGAAAGGUGAUGACUUUAGCAUCAACCUCAAAACCGUCAACCCUAGCUUCCUCGAUGGCGAAUUUUCAGCCGUUAGCAUUGCUCACUACUUGCAAAGUGUUACACCUUCGCUGGCCUUGGGAGUCGAGGCCAUCUGGCAAAAGCCACCUUCGACUGCCGGACCGGAAGAGACAUCGCUGUCGUAUGUCGGUCGUUACGUGCAACCCACCUGGAUUGCUUCCGCACAAGUGUCGCCACAAGGUGUACUUGGCAUGUGUUUCUGGAAGAAACUCUCUCAAAAAGUUGAAGCAGGUGUGGAGUGCCAGCUUAUCAGUGCUACAGGACCCAUGGGACAGACCAAGACGGAAGGUACGACGACGCUUGCAGCUAAAUACGACUACUUGCACUCUACGCUGCGAGGACAGCUCGAUACAAAGGGAAAGCUCAGUUGUUUGUUUGAGAAGCGUCUAUCGGGUGCAGUCAGCUUGACAUUUGCAGGAACAUUGGAUCACUUCAAGAAUGAUGCCAAGGUCGGUCUUGGCGUCAAUCUCGAGAUGCCAGCAUUCGACGAUCCUAGCAUGAUGCAGCAGUAG